UAUAAAAUCAAGCACCUAGGCAUGCAGACUGCUUCUACAAACAUUUGUGAAAGAAUGGGUCGCUCUCAGGAGCUUAGUGAAUUCAAGCGUGGUACCAUGAUAGUUGCCACCUGUGCAAUAAGUCCAUCCGUGAAAUUUCCUUGCUACUAAAUAUUCCACGAUCAACUGUUAGUGGUAUUAUAAAAAGUGGAAGCAACUGGGAACAACAGAAACUCAGCCACGAAGUGGUAGGCCAUGUAAAAUGACAGAGUGGGGUCAUGCAGGAUGAAGCGCACAUUGCGCAGAAGUUGCCAGCUGUCUGCAGAGUCAAUAG